CCCGGCUCCGGGGCUGCAGUUGGAUGCCUGCAGUUGGAAACAUCUGCGCCUUUCUGACAACAAGGGUUAGGGUUAUGGUAAGAUUUAGAUUCUACAUGCGUUUCAAACGCACCAGUGAACAUCUCCUCCUGUACCGUCGCUUGUCGGUGGGAUUUACACAAACAGCCAUGGGUCUUAAGAUGCGUCAUUGAUAUUCCACCAAGGAGUCGAACGUCCGGGGAGGAACUUGACUCGGAGAGGUUUCUUGUUUCCCGGGUGGCGCCACACCCAGCCGGGGGGCAGGAGGGCUCCUGGGACGGAUCGGGUUUCACUCCCACUACGAGACCAGGAGGGCUUCCAUGGAGGAGAACCGACAGUGCUAAAGGAACCCAUGCCCGUGGACACCUCCCCUCCGCCGGACUGAAGGAACCCCGCCACUCGCUGCAGAGCCCCACGCAGGCUUCAUUCAUCUCAAUCCGGUGUUCUCUCCAUCUUCAUCGUCAUCCUCCUCACCGAUGGCUCGCUGUCUGCUCGCGUUCCUCCUGCUCCUUACCUCAGAGGUCCACGCCCAGGGUCGUCUGAAGCUCACUGUUCUGUCGGAGGACCGGCUGCAGAUGAAAUGGCGGGAGGCUGACGGCCCCGUUCAGGGCUACAAGGUCCGAGUCAAGCCCAUCGCAGACGUGCCCCAGCCGGAGCUGAUGCUGACCACCACACGGGGGCGGGCCACGGUGGCCGGGCUGGACCCGGCCCAGGAGUACAACCUGCAGGUCCUGCUGCUCAACGGCACGGCCGAGAGGCUGCUGGCCAAGAGACGCUUCACCAUAUCUGGCCUGAGGGAGGAGGAGCUUCUGCGUAGCGGAGGUCGCGACGGGAAGAGGAGGCUGUCGCCGAUUGGCUCGGGGUCAGGUGACCUUGAUGAUGUCACAGAUGCCCUGCUGGGGGUGCCCACCGUUCUGUACCAAGACACGCCCAGACCAACCCGACCCCUCCCCACCAGUACUACCAGUACCACCACUACCAGCGCCACCGUCGCUGACCCCGCCUCCUCGGACUACGAAGACCCUCCCCCAGAUAGGACACCCAAGGAGAAGAGGAAGAAGAAGAAGGAUAAGGAGAGGCCGAAGGGGAGGGAGAAGGAGCCGAAAAGAGAGGCUCAGAACAACCCGAGAAAGACCACCCCUUCACAACCUACCACAGGCGGCUCCCCGCGGGCCCCGGUGGACUGUGAUGCGGAGGCCCCUGCGGAGGUGGUCCUGGUGGUGGACGGCUCCUGGAGCAUCGGCAGAACCGACUUCAGGCGCGUCCGCGAGUUCCUGGAGGGCGUGGCCAGCCGCUUCCGCAUCGGAGCCAAUCACGUCCGCUUUGCCCUCACCCAGUACAGCUCGGACCCUCGGACCGAGUGGCAGCUCAACAACUUCACCAACAAAGAGGACCUGAUAGAGGCCAUCCGCAGCUUCAGAUACAAGGGAGGAAACACCUUCACAGGCCAGGCCCUGCUCCACGUGAUGGAUGAGACGCUGGGGGCGGAGUCAGGGGCCCGGCCGGACACGCCCGUCUUCCUGAUUCUGCUCACCGACGGCAAAUCACAGGACGACGCCGUCACUGCCGGCAACCGGCUGAAGGCCACCGGCGUGGAGAUCAUCGGCAUAGGUGUGAAGAACGCAGACGAGGCGGAGCUCCGUCAGGUGGCGUCGCCCCCGGUGGAGCUCAACGUCUACUCCGUCCACCACUUCCACCUGCUCAGCAAGCUGGUGCCCCGCCUGGUCCACAUCCUCUGCGGACGCAUCGCUGACCGCCACGCCGCCAGACGACCGGAGCGCAGGCCCCCGACGCCGGACCCGGUCCAGUCCGACCCCAGCCCCACCGACCUGCGGUUCUCAGAGCUGGGGUCCCGCGAGGUCCGGCUCCACUGGUCCGGCCCCGCCGGUCUGGGCCGGCCCGUGCUCCAGUACCGCGUGGUCUACCACAGCGCAGAGGGCCAGUCCCCCCAGGAGGUGGUGGUGAACGGUUCCACAACAACGGUUCUCCUAGGAAGCCUGUCCUCCCAGACCCUCUACCACAUCUCCAUCUUCCCCGUGUUCAAAGAGAACGUGGGCCUGCCUCUCCGUGGAACCGUCACCACCGAGACCCUGGUGCGGCCGUCUGACCUGCAGGUGUCCCCCUCGUCCCCCAGCAGCCUGGGGGUCCGCUGGGGGGCGGCCCCGGGGGCCACGCACUACAUGGUCCUCUACUCCGCCCUCAACCUGGGGGAGCCCGACGACGCCAAGGAGCUGAGGUUCGGUGCCGACCAGACGUCCGUGGAGCUCGUGGGUUUGAUCCCGGCGACGGACUACUCCGUGACGCUGUACGCUUUGUACGACGAAGAACCCAGCGACCCAAUCACCGCCCAGGGAGCCACCGCCCCCCUCCCCCGGCCCCAGAGCAUCCAGUUGCCCAUGGUUACCCACAGCAUGCUGAGGGUCAGCUGGGUGCCGGGGGCGGUGGACGUCCCCGGGCACAGGGUCACCUGCUCCACCAAUCACGGCAGCGACGUCAAGCAGGUGGAGGUGACGGGGGUGAACACGGUGCUGGUCCCCAACCUGUCCUCCCUGUCCCGCUACCUGGUGUCCGUCCAGUCCCAGUACCCACAAGGCCUCUCUGCCGCGCUCACCAGCAACGUCACCACGCUGAGGGUCCCGGCGCCCACCGACCUCAGGGUCACCAACUUCUCGGGCGGGGAGCUGACCCUGCACUGGGAGCCCGCCGCCGACGACGCCAUCAGCUACCUCAUCAAGUGGAUCUCCCUCAGUGGGGGGGGGGACCUGAGACAGCUGCGGGUCCCGGGGCCCAGCGAGGGGGCCCUCCUGGAGGGGCUGGAGGACGAGAAGGAGUACCAGGUGUCCCUCUCCGCGCUGUACGCCGACGGGGCGCAGAGCGAGGCGGUGGCCACGCGCUACAGCACGCUGUCCGGCGGCGGUCCGACGGCCGUCACCGUUGCCGAGGAAACGCCGGUGAGUCUUCUGGUGAGCUGGGACUCCCCCAACGCCCACGUCCUGCAGUACCGCGUCUCCUACAGCGCUCUGAGCGCCACAGAGCCCCGCGACACCACCCUGGUGCUGCCGGGCAGCCAGAGGCAGGUGGUGCUGCAGAAGCUGCUCCCCGACACGCGCUACAGCAUCCUGGUGACCGCGGAGUACCGCAACAAGGAGGGCGGCACCGGCUCGGCCCAGGGGAAGACCACUAGUCUGAGGGUGAGCAGUGUGAGCGUGCUCAGAUCGGACCACGCCAGCAUGUGUGUUUCCUGGAGGCCCGUGUCCGUCGUCGACAGUUACCGCAUCGUCCUGCAGUCAGUCAAAGACAAGAGCACGCGGGAGCAGCAGGUGGCCGAGGGGGGCAGCAGCCUGUGCUUCAGCGAGCUGGAGCCGGAGACGCUGUACCGCGUCAGCGUGCACUCCCGCCUCGGGGCCACAGAGGGCGCCGCCGUCUCCAUCCUGCACCCCACAGCGUCGGCACCGGUCAGAAUCCCUGUCCCGCCGAGAGUCCAGGCCACGCAUAAUGAAGUGUGUCCAGUGGUCAACAUCAGGAACAACAUCGUCAAAGGGUUUAACAUGAUGGAGGCCUUCGGUCUGACCCAGGGAAGCCACUCCUCUGUGGAGGGCGUGACCUUUGAACCCUUCAUCUUCAGCAGCCUCCCCUCCUACUCGCUGUACCCCGACAUCCAGCUGACCCAGGACACCAGGUUGGUGCACCCAGCGGGGGUCUCUCCAGAACACACCAUCAGCCUGGUGUUCCGUCUGCUCCAGUCCACUCCGCGGGAGUCCUUCUCUCUCUGGCAGAUCACCGACAACGACUUCCAGCCCAAGAUGGCCGUCGUGCUGGACCCCACCACCAAACACCUGGUGUACCUGAGUCUGGACUACCGAGGGGAGGUCCAGGAGCUGACCUUCGACCAGCCGCAGGUCCGCAAGCUAUUCUACGGCAGCUACCACAAGGUCCACCUGUCCGUCAGCCAGGUGAGCGUCUCCCUGUGGGUGGACUGCCAGCGGGUGGGCGAGAGGGCAGCCCGCCCCCUGGGGCCCCUGCCCAGCGACGGGUUCGAGACCCUGGGGAAGCUGACCAAGACUAGGGGCCCGCGCAGCGGCUCCGUCCCGUUCCAGCUCCAGUCCUUUGAGAUCGUCUGCAACACCACCUGGGCUUCAGAGGACACCUGCUGUGACCUGCCAGGCCUGAGAGACGAGGAGAGCUGCCCUCCUCCUGCGUACGCGUGCAUGUGCUCCUCAGACGUCCCCGGCGCCCCGGGACCCGGGGGGACUAGGGGAAGGCCCGGCGUCCGCGGGGAGAAAGGAGAGAAGGGGGAUCAAGGUUCAAAGGGGGAAGUGGGCCCCCCAGGGCUGCCUGGGUUUGAGGGGGGCCUGGGGCCUCUAGGAAACAGAGGGCCCCCUGGAGCUCCUGCCCAGGGGAAGAUGGGCCCUCCGGGCGCUCGCGGGGAAAAAGGAGACUUAGGAAAGCCGGGAAAUCAGGGGGCCCCUGGCCUUGUGGGGGCUAAAGGAGAGAUCGGGCCCCCAGGCCCCAGGGGCAUCAGAGGUCUGGAGGGGAACAUCGGCGCUCCAGGUCUCACUGGGCCCCGGGGUUCCCAGGGCAUGCCCGGACACCCCGGCCAGUCGGGGGGGAGGGGCCCCUUUGGGCUGGUGGGGCCUACGGGCCUUCCAGGAAACAAGGGCGAGAGAGGGGAGAAGGGGGAACCACAGUCUAUGGCCAUGAUCUACCAGCUGGUUACACAAGCCUGUGAACAGCUAGUGCAUAAGGAGGUUAUGAAGCUGGACCUGUUCCUGAAUGAGGUGAGCCGUAAGCCGGCCCCUAUAGCGGAGCCUGAGGGCCCCCCCGGGGAGCCAGGGAUACCGGGCGGGGUCGGGUCCCCGGGACCCCGAGGCAACCAGGGCCGCAUCGGCCCCAGAGGGAUGCCGGGGAGGACGGGCUACCCCGGAGAACAGGGGAGGCGGGGUGUGAGCGGGGAGAAGGGAUCCCCAGGGGCCAACGAGCAGGGCCCCCCGGGGAUCGCAGGACAUGCAGGUUCAGCAGGUGAAUCUAAGCUGGGAGCCCCCGGGCCCCGGGGGGAGGAUGGUAAGCUGGGGCCCCCAGGUAUCCUAGGGGCCUCUGGCCAGCCCGGAGAGGUGGGCCCCCCCGGGGUGUGUGACAGUGCCAACGGUUGCCAGGGCAACGUACAGCAAGCCGACCCCUAUUAUGGAUACCAGCCCUGAGCAGCAAGAAGCUAUUGCCACCGCCGCGACCACAACAGGAAGGUGCAGCCCCCGUAAGGGUCCCUCCGGUGGAGGCUUCGAAGGUUCCGCUGGGGGGGGUGUGGGGGCCAGGGCCGGAGCCGCUGAUAAAAGCACCGCAGAAGAAGACGUUGGACCUGUGACCGAAAAACAGGCCUAUCUAAAAUAAUCGUAGACCUCCCGCAUUAAACGGAGGACAGCAGUUUUAUUAUUUUCUAUCACUGAGCAAACAUUCUGAGUUUUUUCAAAUUGUGAAUGAGUUUCACUUGUAUGAGAGUAAACCAUCUUCGCACUGAAAUGUUCUAUAUUUUGUAUUUAUCUCUGAUGAUGUUGAUAUAAAUAUAUAUAUAUAUAUAUAGAAAUAUAGACAUGCACUGUAACAUGUACCAAAGUAAAGAGUUCAACUCCCUAACUACAUUCCUUUCUCUAACCUCACUGCCUCAACACUGAAAAUGAAAAGUGCAUAUUAUUAUAUAUAUACUACAUGCUCUUUUAUAUAAGAGAUAUGUUUCAUAUAAAGUAAAUAUAAUUUUAUAUCAAAAGUGCUAUUUUAUAUAAAUACUAUGUUAUGUACAUGCUAUUUUGUGUCAUGUACAAAGUAUUUGUUCCUCAUAUAAAGAGGUAUACUUUUAUAUAAAGUGUGUGUUCUUUUAUUAGUGUAGAAGUUUGUAUACUUUCACAUUAAGUAGAUAUUCCUUUAUAUAAGAUGUACUCUUAUAUUUCCUUUAAACUAGCCUGUGUGCUCCUUGUUCUUUCAUAAAAAGUAUGUUUUCUUUGACAUAAAUGAAACUGUGAUAAUGCCUGUAGUAUGUGUAUGAUGAAUUUGUAUAUUGUGUUAACGUUCCCCGAUAAUUUCAUUAUCUGUUGCUAUUUCUAUGUGUUAUUAUCUUGAUAAUCUAUGUUUACAUUUCUGGACUGCUUUAUUAAAAUCACUUGUUAUAAGGUUAUUUGGACCUAUUUCUAUUUUUGGCUUAUUUGACAUCGAAAGAUUGUUUCCAUUAGUGUAUAUUUAAGAUUGAGCUGUAUCCCAUCAUAUAUUCAAAUAAUUUAAGUUAAGUUAGGUACAAUAAAAACAUAUUCUUAUCCAAAAUCAAUUGUAUUAAUCAAAGCUAUUGGGGUUUACUAGACAGUUUCCACCAUGGUAUAGUCUUCAUGUAUCAAAGCAAUAAUAAAAGGUUGUCUAAACAUUUUUU